GUGUGUGUGUGUGUGUGUGUGUACGUGCAGCGCUGUGUGGAGAGAGCAAAUCGAGAUACAGUAGUAACCCAGAGUGAGGUGGCAGCCUUAUUCCACAUCGACACUGACUUGCCCUGCACGCAUCCUAUCUGUCUCUAUAUCGCAGAGCGCACUUGAGGGGUGAAAGAGGAGAGAGUCAAUAUGGCAUCUGGAAGUGGUCGCGGACAAUCCGGGAUCUAGUCUCUUCUGGAUUUUCUUUUUUUUUUUUGUACCACGGAGCGCAAGUGAGUGGCCGUGCAAGGCGUUAAUAACUAAGUUGCUCCUGGCCCUGUUGGGACUUCGCUGGUGUGGAAUAGCAACAAAGGACGGGAGCGCGCAUUCAUGGGACGCGACUUUGACAGCUCUUCAUUUCUUGUCUUGUAACUUUAUUACCUGGCAGCGGGGGCGAGAUUGUGACUGGAGCAGGAGAUCAUGGCCGAGGCUCCGCUCCCCGACCCACUCCCGGACUUAGACGUGGCCAUCGACCCGGACUUCGAGCCCCAGAAACGGCCCAGGUCUUGCACCUGGCCGCUGCCACGACCGGACUCAAACGCGGUAAAACCGGAGAGCCAUGACACAGAUAUUAUACCGGAGGAAGAGGAUGAUGAUGAGGAUAAUGCCACCCCUACGAACAUCAGUGUCAAUGGCUCUGGUUUGGCGACAGAGGACCAGAGCAGCAACAGCCCCGUGGCCGAUGGAGCGCUCUCCUCCCCCGGCCAGGAGAGCGGAGGCUCCCCGCUCUCCGCGCACUCUCCGGCGGCCACCUCUGGCGCGCUGACCCCCAGCAGCUUGGCCGCCCAGCAGACCCCGAGGAAAGCAUCAUCUCGCCGUAACGCGUGGGGGAAUCUCUCCUACGCCGACCUAAUAACCAAAGCCAUUGAGAGCACGCCGGACAAGAGACUGACAUUGUCCCAAAUUUAUGACUGGAUGGUGAGAUCCAUCCCCUACUUCAAAGACAAAGGCGACAGCAACAGCUCUGCAGGAUGGAAGAACUCCAUCCGGCACAACCUUUCCCUCCACAGCCGUUUCAUCCGCGUUCAGAACGAGGGAACAGGGAAGAGUUCCUGGUGGAUGAUCAACCCAGAGGGAGGGAAGGGUGGAAAGGCCCCUCGCCGCCGUGCUGUCUCCAUGGACAAUAGCAACAAGUACACCAAGUCCGCCCGUGGCCGUGCUGCCAAGAAGAAGGCAGCCCUGCAAGCUGCAGCAGCUGCUGCCGGCGAAGGGGGUGGAGAUAGUCCUUCAGGUCUCUCCAAGUGGCCUGGAAGCCCAACGUCACGCAGCAGUGAGGACCUAGACGCCUGGACAGACUUCCGCUCACGCACAAAUUCCAACGCCAGCACACUGAGCGGUCGCCUUUCACCCAUUCUGGCCAACCCUGAGCUAGACGAGGUGCCAGAUGACGAGCCUCCUCUCUCGCCGAUGCUCUACUCCAGCCCUGGCAGAGCACUGUCUCCCGGCAAUGCCACGACCAACGGGAAGCCUGUGCCGACUGAGCUGCCCCGCCUGGCAGACCUUGCAGGUACAAUGAACCUGAAUGACGGACUCACAGACGACCUGAUGGAUGAGUUGCUGGAUAACAUCAAUCUGGUGCCAACCGUUACAGGACAGCCAGCUACAAAUGGUUCCUCAGGAUUCAACUUUGGGUCUAAACCCAACGUGCUAGGCACACCUUCCUCCACUUCCUCUCCCGCAUCCAACCCUUCUCCUAAUGGUGGAGUUAAUGGUUACAGUAACUCUAUCUUUGGCCCCCACACGACGGGAUCCUCUUUGCGUCCGUCCCCCAUGCAGACCAUCCAGGAGAACAAGCAGACCUCCUUCUCCAGCAUCAGCCUGUCUCGCUUUGGCAGUCAGACACUACAAGACCUGCUCAAUUCUGACAGCCACAGCCACAGUGAUGUCAUGAUGACCCAGUCUGACCCACUCAUGUCACAGGCCAGCGCUGCCGCCGUCAUUUCCCAGAACUCUCGACGUGGCCUCAUGCUCCGUAAUGAUCCCGUAAUGACCUUUGGGACCACUGGAGGACUUCAGGGCAGCCAAGGGGAGAUGUUGCAAAGUAACAACCACAACCAGAGCUCCCUGAGGUCUUUAAACGGGGGCCUGAACCUAGCCAACGAGGCUAACGUUCUGGCUAAUGCCAAGCAGCAGCUCCUGCUCUCACCUUUGGGGGGAAAUGGUUCCUCUUCCAUGCAGAUUGACACCUCGAUCUUUCUAAAUGGAACCGUUAGCAGCAGUGGAGGGAUCUGCCAGGACCGUUUCCCCACAGAUCUGGACCUGGACAUGUUCAACAGCAGCUUGGAGUGUGAUAUGGACUCCAUCAUCAGGAGCGAGCUGAUGGACGCAGAUGGUCUGGACUUUAACUUUGACUCUCUGGCCAACAUGAACGGAGUCGGCAACUUCACGAACACCAAGCAGACCUCUCAAAGCUGGGUACCCGGCUGAGAGGGUCAGGCCGGGAAGGAGCAGAGCAGGUCUGAACUAUGUAGUGCAAGAGAAGAUCAGACACACAACAUCCUUUUUGCCAAACCUGCCAUCAGCACAACGUAAAAUACAAACCCUGUGUUUACAGAAGAAGACUUCCUCUUGAGAGCUUUACCUUCGCUCCCACACUGGUGAACCAUGAACGAACUGACAGACUCUAGAGAUGCUGCACAUCAGCCCUUAAAGCCUCCUGUGAAACAACAACAACAACAACAAAAAGAAAGCUAUGUCAAACUCACAAAUCUUAGAAUUAUGCAAUUUUCCUUUGACAUUCAGUCUGUUGAUAUCAAAGAGACACUGCUUAUCAGAGGGGGUUUCAGGUGGAAUACAAGGACUAAAUAUCAAGCGAGGAUUGAAGGAGUGCACGGUGCAGUUGUUCCAGUUGAAGACAAAAAAGACAAAAGUGUAAAGUGAAAAAAUCAAGAAGUGAUGUGAUGUAAAUCUGAUCCAGUGGUUUCUUGGGAUGUGUUAUGUUGAAAAAAGAAUUUCCCUCUGUUUUCACUUAGUGAUUUUAAAUGUUCAGUGUUUGUUUUUUGGAUUUUCUGUUUUAUCAUAACUGUUUCUGCCUCAUACAUGUAUGUACAGAAAGAAUUGGUUUAUUGAUGAAAUGGAGAGAUGGAAAUGGAGUAUCUUGGCCAUGCAUACAGUACAUGCAAACACACAAACAGACAAACUUACACUUCACCCCAGUUUUGCAAAACCUCCGAACCCUUAUGGUGUGUUCAGACUGAAAACGAAGCAAAAUUUCACCAGCCGUUACCUGCGCGAUUAUGGCAGCUGGAGUGUUUCACAACCUGCGAAUAAUCUCCCGAACAGCCAAUGGGAGUAUUAGUUUAGUACAACCAAUAGCUUGUAUCAAGUAACAAAUAUAUAUUCUAAGAACUUACCUUGUAGUUCUGUCUCUACACAGUAAAGACGUUGAAUCAUAGAACUCCAACUGCCCACAGACAGUGACAAUAAUCAACUUGUGAUUCUCUGUGACGUCAGGAGAAUCUCAACACUGAUAGGCUCUCACGAUAGACAGCAUCACAUGAAUUUUACACUCAAGUUGAAACCUUUUCAACUCAUUUUAACAUUUUAAUCAGAUUAUGCGUUCGGUCUGAACACACCAUUCGAAGUUAAGAUUCCCAUCUUAAUGCCAUGCACUUCCAGUUUUGUUCUAAUGAAUUGCUUGAAUUAAAUGAAAUGCCGUAUACUGAGGUGUUUCAUUACAAUUAGCUGAAUAUUACGAAAAAAAUAUUUGUUAUCUUUUGUGUAUAUCUAACUGUAAAAAAAGAAGAAAAAAGACUAGAGGAAGAAAAUCUUUAUCAUGGGUAUUUGUACAGUGCAGGGCAGUGGAAAGGUCAAGAAACCGGGGGAAAGAUCUUGUCUGUGUGUUCUUAGAUUUCUUAACUUCUAGUGAGUUCUGUUAAGGUUGUUUAUCACUGCAUAUGAUGUAGCCAAAAUGAAUACCUGUGUCCUAGGGUUGUGAACAUUUCCACACCAUAACAGGUGCUAUGUAAACAGUGUUGAAUCCUG